GCGUGUCUGCUGCGUGUGUGGAUAGUGGAUUCGUGCGAGUCUUCCUCCCCCUCUUCUUCCUCCGAGUGCUUCUUCUCUCAGCGUUGAAACAAGUAAACAAAUCUCAGAUCAAGCAAGCAACCACUCGAGCGGAGGAAGUAGCGAACGCGUUGAUGCCUCUCGUUUCAAGAUCCAAAGAGAGGCCUUCUAGUCUCGUCCCCAUUUCGCAGCUUGCUGUACCCUAACUACAUUUUUCUUCCUUGAUCGAUCGAUCGAUCGACCGGAGGGGUCGGCGUGGGGUCGGUUCUCCUAGGUGGGACGAUGGAGAGAGCUGUUCCGGAAAGCUUGGCCGGUCACCGAGUCGUUCGCGUGCAAGCUCCGCUGGUUGAUUCUGUAUCAUGCUAUUGUAGAGUAGAUGCUGGUUUGAAAACAGUUGUAGGAGCUAGAAAAUUUGUUCCUGGUGCUAAGCUCUGUCUACAACCUGAAAUUAUACCCAGUGGGACAAGAUUGAGGAACACACGGAGGGAGAGGAGUAGAAACCAAGCACCUCUAUUACCUGGUCUCCCAGAUGAUCUUGCUAUUUCUUGCUUGAUUCGGGUUCCUCGAGUUGAACAUCAAAACCUCCGAUUAGUUAGCAAAAGAUGGAAUAAACUUUUGUCUGGAAAUUACUUCUACUCUCUUAGGAAAAAGCUAGGGGUGGCAGAGGAAUGGGUGUAUGUCAUCAAGAGAGACCGCGAUGGAAAGAUAUCCUGGCAUGCAUUUGAUCCUAAUUAUCAACUCUGGAGGCCACUUCCACCUGUUCCAGCUGAUUAUUCUGAAGCUCUUGGUUUUGGUUGUGCUGUUCUUAGUGGCUGCUACCUCUACCUAUUCGGCGGUAAAGAUCCAUCAAAGGGAUCAAUGAGGCGUGUAGUCUUCUACAAUGCAAGGACAAACAAAUGGCACAGAGCUCCAGACAUGCUUCGGAAACGCCAUUUCUUUGGUUCUUGUGUCAUCAAUAACUGCCUAUAUGUUGCUGGUGGGGAAUGUGAAGGGAACCAAAGAACUCUUCGGUCAGCUGAGGUUUAUGAUCCUAACAGGAACAGAUGGGCAUCCAUUGCUGAAAUGAACACUGGAAUGGUCCCUUUUAUUGGCGUUGUUUAUGAGGGCAAAUGGUUUUUAAAAGGUUUUGAUUCACACCGUCAGGUUGUGAGUGAAGUCUAUACUCCUACUGCCAACGCAUGGUCCACUGUUAGCGGUGCAAUAGUUACAGGUUGGCGAAAUCCCAGUAUUUCAUUGAAUGGAAGGCUUUAUGCAUCAGAUUGCAGGGAUGGAUGUAAGCUUAGAGUCUAUGAACCAGAAACAGACUCAUGGGAUAAGUUCAUGGACAGCAAAAAUCAUCUAGGAAAUUCUAGGGCCUUUGAGGCUGUAUCAUUUGUUUCUCUUAAUGGGAAGCUGGGUAUUAUUAGGAACAACAUGAGCAUAAGUCUAGUUGAUGUGACAGAUCCAGCAAAUAUCAUAGAGACAAACAGUGCUCGUGUGUGGGAAACUAUUGCUGGCAAAAGCCAAAUUAAGAAUUUUGUGGCAAGCCUAUGGUCCUCUAUCGCAGGACGCAAUGGAGUGAAGAGCCAUAUCGUUCACUGUCAGGUGCUUCAAGCAUAAGGGCCCGUGGAGAAAUGAAAAGUGACAAAAGUUCAUUGAUUUCGUGUUACAGUAAGCUGGUUACUAAUCAAUUUACAUCUCAAGUGGAGAAUUCUGUAACAAAGCUCUUCGUUCUCCUACCUGUGUUUGUGUUGAGAUCUUACCCAGAGAUUGAAAAUAUGUGGUUUCCAUUGGAUAGUGGGAGAAGGAACAUGCUUUGUUGCACAGAAUGAGAACUAAGCAUAAGUGACUGCAAUGGCCUAUCUACGAGCUAUGUGCUGCAUCGAUACAGCCAUGGAACUAUCAAAAUCAUCAACGACAUGCUGUUUUAUAGCGCACUUAUUUCUUCCCGUGGACUUAUCUCGGAUGACGAGAAUCGUGCUUAAAUGGUAAUUCAUUAUUAAACGUGAUAGUAAAGUCAUUGCCUUCGUUGUGGAACUCACUUCACUUGUCAUGUUCUUGGUGUCAUUUUCAAAUUGUAUAAUCUUUAAUGAGAGCAGCAUUCUAUUGCAAGAGUAACUAGGCGAUGCUACUUUCACAAUUUCUCGCCGUGCACCUCUGCAUAUAUCAACGAUGUGUCUGAUGGUGCUUGUUGGGGUUGCAGUGUUGUUCUAUUAUCAAUUUUUUUUGCACUUAUUUUCUUUCA